UAUACUCUACGGUUACAACGACGGUGCUCGGGCGGAGUCGGGCGCGCCUUCGAUGACGGCGACGUCAUGGCGCAAGAUGGCCGUCGGUGUCGGGAAUGGUGUAUUGUAGACGAGACUGGGCGGAAUUCCGGGUAAUAGGUGUGUCGGUGUUUGACAUUACGUGCAAAACAAUACUCCAUUAGAAUGAUGCCUUGCCGCGUUGUUGUCGUCGCUGUUGCGAGCUGAACUCAGAAUUUUGGCUCUGUGCAGCGCAGUGCUUGUCGUAUCCAUUGCUUCCGGGGUGAAUAACAAAAUAAUACAAUAAUCCCGACGAGCACAGAGAACUAUCGCGACGUGACGACGAUAGUAAUAUACCUACAACGUGCAAAAUGUGGAAUAUGAUGUGUGAUGUGAUGCCGACGAUUGCGGAGGACAGCAUGAGCCAGCGGAGCUCGCAAUUCUCCGGCGAGGAUGGGAAUAUCGAGCAAUUGAUGGUGCAAAUGCUAGACGAGCGUGACAAAAUGAUGGAAUCGAUGCGCGAGCACCAAGAACGCCUGCAGGAAAUGGAGGCGCGAUUGACAGAGGUCGAGAAGGAACGGGAUGCCUUGAAUCGCCAGCUUAACGCAAAUAUUCCCCAGGAAUUUUCUCAGUUGACAAAAGAACUGGCAGCGGCGCGAGAGAACAUCUUGGAAAGAGAAGAGGAAAUUUCCGAAUUAAAAGCGGAGCGAAACAACACACGUCUCUUACUGGAACAUCUAGAGUGUUUAGUAUCGCGACAUGAACGGUCACUUAGGAUGACAGUUGUGAAACGUCAAGCCGCUGCGCAAUCUGGUGUAUCGUCUGAGGUGGAAGUCCUCAAAGCUUUGAAAAGCCUUUUCGAGCACCACAAGGCUUUGGACGAAAAGGUACGUGAACGUUUGCGCGUGGCCCUCGAAAGAAAUACAAGUCUCGAGGAGGAACUAGCCCAUACCAAAGAGGAAUUCCAGCAAUAUAAAAUAAGUGGACAUCCAAAAGUAUUAGACGAUAGACCAAAAGAGAAUGGACAAGCAGACGAAGGUCAGCAACAGAAUAAGAAUGAGACUGAGCAGGCAGCAAGCCAACCGCAGCAGCAGCAAUACCAGCAACAUCAGUUGCAGCAGCAGCAGCAGCAGCAGCAACAGCAACAACAACAACAACAAUCGGUACAAAAACCAGGUACAGAGAAGUCCACUGAAGUUGGCAGUAGAUUGAGCAAUGGGAGUCUCGAUCCAGCUGAGCAGGACUCAGCAGUACGAGUAAUAGAUUUGCAAGCUACUCUCGACAAGCAGAGUUCAGAAUUAAAUACGUGGCAACGACGAGUAGCGGAAUUAAGCGGACGCGUCGCCGAGUUAGAGGAAACACUAUCCAAAACACAAAAAGAUCUUUUGAAGGCACAAGAUGCAGGUCUUAAACUGCAAAGAGAUUUACGAGAGAAUGCGGCGCAAAAAGAGGACCAAGAAGAACGAAUAGCAACUUUAGAAAAACGAUACCUCAAUGCUCAACGAGAGUCCACUAGUCUUCAUGACCUCAAUGAGAAGCUGGAGCAGGAGUUGCAGCAUAAGAAAGCUCAAUUAAAGCUCCAAGAGGAAAAAAUUGCUGCUAUUCAAGAAAAAUUAGAGCUCGCGGAACAGAAAUUAGCUCAAUACGCUAAGUUACCAGAAAUGGAAGAACAAUUAAAGCAGAGGAUGGAGGCUCUGACGCAGGUGAGGAGGCCCAACCAGCAGGCUCAGGAAAGACAUGGUAGCGCGGAGGAUAGAAUUCAAAGACUGGAAACACAAUUAGAAGAAAAGAAUGCGGAAGUGAUGCGUGUUAAUCAACGAUUAAAGAUGAAUGAGGAACAUAAUACGCGUCUUAGUACAACUGUUGAUAAACUUUUAUCUGAAUCCAAUGAAAGAUUACAAGUGCAUUUAAAAGAAAGAAUGCACGCAUUAGAAGAAAAGAAUGCGCUUACUCAGGAACUCGAAAAAACGAGAAAAGUGGCGGAAGAUCUGCAAAAUGAAAAGGCUGACAUUGUUAAGGAAUUGGGCAAAGCACGUUUGGAAAUCGAUAAUGUUAAAAGACAAAUGCUCCAACAAGAAAUUGCAUUUAAUAUUCAGCAAACAGACGCAUUAACAAGAAGUUUGUCGCCAAAUACUGUAGAUCCAGGCUCCUUUUCGAGAAGUGCAAGUCACAGCAGUUUCGACACACAUUCAUUGCCUAGAAGAGGAGGUAAACGAUCUAUCGAAGACGAUUCAUCGAAGAAUUAUGUUGCACGGACUUUAGCGGAACAAGAAUGGGAAAAGUUGCAACAAGCGCAUGUGCUUGCCAAUGUCCAACAAGCAUUUGAUGUUUCGAGUGACGCAGAAGGUGAUGGAGAUAACGAAAGUAUCUUCAGUUGUGCGGCGGACGUAAUCAGCCCUACCGGACACACAGACGCCCAAACAUUAGCAUUAAUGUUACAAGAACAAUUGGAUGCUAUUAAUAAAGAAAUUAGAUUAAUUCAAGAAGAAAAGCAGAGUACGGAAGCACGUGCGGAGGAACUGGAAUCUCGCGUUGGCAGCCUCGAACAUAUGAAUCUAUUAGCGAGGGGACGAAGUCUCGAACGAGCAUCGCCGCCGCUGAGUGGUCGAUCCACACCAAAAUCGCACCAUAGUCCAAAUAGGGAUUAUUUACAUAAGUACCACACCGCACCUGCGUCAAUGUCUCCGGCACAUUUACAUCAAUAUGCUGCUUCCUUAGCUAGUCCCGGCCAACUAUCAGAAUCUCUUCCUGCUAGCCAGUUGCAGUUGUCGGGAGAAGAACUGCAUUCGGUUAGUGAAAGAGAUAGUGGUGGUGUAGGAAGCGGUGGAAGCGACGCGGCAUCUCCUUUAACAGCCAGGUCCUUGAGAUUGGAACGAGUCGUUCAAGCAUUGGCCCAUAGUCAGGAAGAACUUAGAAGACGUACCGGACAGAGUGGAUUUCCGAGCAGUGGUUUCCCCACGCACAGGCAUGGGCAGCAUAACAACGGCGCACUCAAUUCUGGAACUCCCCCUUCCCCAUUGUCCUCACGCCACAGCAGCCAGGACAGUUUGCACAAGAACAACUUCUCCAGCGUCGGGCUGCCUAUUGGACAAUUAUCGACAUCGCAUCUGCACAUACAAUCAACCAUCAGCUCCGCCACGGCGGCUGCGGUCGCGGCUGCACAAAAAAAGAAAGGCAUUAAGAGUAGCCUCGGUAGAUUUUUCAGCAAAAAAGAAAAGAUCAAAGGGAAAGAUACAGCAAUACCAGGGGAUAUACCAGGUAUGGGAGGUGCAAGUACACCAGCUGAUUCAGACUAUGGAGAUAGUGUAUGUGCGGCUGGUACACUUGGAAGUAAAAGCGAUUUUGAUCGCAGGAAAAAGAAGAGCAUGUUGGACUCCUCGCGGCACGAGCUUUUGGCAGAAGCAAUGAAAGCCGGAACGCCCUUCGCUUUAUGGAACGGACCAACGGUAGUCGCCUGGUUAGAACUUUGGGUGGGCAUGCCAACGUGGUAUGUCGCUGCUUGCCGAGCAAAUGUCAAAAGUGGUGCUAUCAUGAGUGCUCUUAGCGAUACCGAAAUUCAGCGAGAAAUUGGUAUAAGCAAUCCUUUGCACCGAUUAAAACUGAGACUAGCCAUUCAGGAGAUGGUGUCGCUUACGAGUCCAUCAGCGCCGAAAACUUCUCGCACAACAUUAGCAUUUGGUGAUAUGAAUCACGAGUGGAUAGGUAACGUCUGGUUACCGAGUCUCGGACUGCCUCAAUACCGAUCCACUUUUAUGGAGUGCCUUGUUGAUGCUAGAAUGCUUGAUCAUCUUACGAAAAAGGAUCUUCGUGGUCAGCUGAGAAUGGUUGACUGUCCUUACAGAACAAGUUUGCAGUACGGUAUUUCCUGUUUAAAGCGACUAAAUUAUGAUAGACAACAAUUAGAGGAAAGAAGACGAGUAGCAGAAGGUGCCAAUGUAGAUGUACUUGUUUGGAGUAACGAUCGUGUCAUAAGAUGGGUACAAUCGAUUGGUUUGAAGGAAUAUGGAAAUAAUCUCUUAGAAUCGGGUGUACACGGUGCGCUCAUAGCCCUAGAUGAAAGUUUUGAUGCAAAUAGUUUUGCAUUAACUUUACAGAUUCCUACACAGAAUACACAGGCAAGACAAUUGUUAGAGAUGGAAUUUUCUAAUCUCUUGUCAAUAGCAACGGAAAGGCGUCUGGAUGAGAAUAGUCUGAAAUCCUGAUCCAUCUCAUCAAGUCGGCUGGCUCAUAUUCAACCACAUCAUGUCUAGUCCAAAACCCCAGCUAUUGCUAUUAUCUAUGCGCAAGUGUGUUAUAAAAGUUAUAAGAGCUUUAAGUAUCAUGCUAGGAAUAUCUUCAUAUUGUUAUGACAAAUGUAACAUUUGGUAAUAUUGAGGUGUGUUUUGACAUAAGCUGUUAUGAUAAGUUUACACGAUACAUUCGAUACUUAAGGAUUCAUCUAAUCGAUUUUUAUGCCGCAUACACGCCACAAGCAUUAGAUACUUUUUAUGAUAAAGAAGAGAAGAGACAGUUAUUUCGAGCAAUUUUUCAUAUAGAUAUUGAAAUGUAGCAGACAAAUCUUGGAUUACUAGAAAGACACGGAAAAGAAUAAUAUAGCCACUCUCCUUAAAAGCACGAGAUACCAAUUGCAGACUAUUACGACAAUAAUUCUCUCUGAGUUAGUCUGAUUUGUUAAUAAAGUUGAUAAGCCUCAGUAUUAUGAUAUCAUGUAAUAGAGUGUAUUUGUUGUACGAUUUGAUACGACAACGUGUGUACUUAUAAUGUUCAAUAAAUAUUUAAGGCAGGAUAAGUUAAUACUUUGUACCGCACAAGGAAGUGGAAAAAUAGGAGUUUACGAUAUCGUUGCUUUUGAGGAAGUUGUUCAUAUAUAAGGUGUCCUGUAAUUGAUAAUACGAUCGAAAAGUACAUCUAUAUUAAAAAAUAAAUUA